GACCGGGGCACCGGGGGAGGGACGGAGGGAGGGGCGGCGGCGGCGGGGCGCGGCGGGGCCGGGCCGGGCCGGGCCGGGCCGGGCCGGGCCGGGAGGUGGAGCGCGCGGCCCCACUGAACCCGCCGCGGGGCCUGCGGGAGCAGUAUGGCCGCCAGCCUGUGGAUGGGGGACCUGGAGCCCUAUAUGGAUGAAAACUUUGUUUCAAGAGCCUUUGCCACCAUGGGAGAGCUUGUACUGAGUGUAAAAAUCAUUCGAAACAGGUUGACAGGAAUUCCAGCAGGCUAUUGCUUUGUGGAAUUUGCAGAUCUUGCUACUGCAGAGAAAUGUUUACACAAAAUCAAUGGAAAACCACUUCCUGGUGCUACACCAGCGAAGCGAUUUAAAUUGAAUUAUGCAACAUAUGGAAAACAACCUGAUAACAGUCCAGAAUAUUCCCUUUUUGUGGGAGAUCUGACUCCCGAUGUGGAUGAUGGGAUGUUAUAUGAAUUUUUUGUUAAAGUUUAUCCAUCGUGUAGAGGUGGAAAAGUUGUUUUGGACCAGGCAGGAGUAUCCAAAGGUUACGGGUUUGUGAAAUUCACGGAUGAGCUGGAACAGAAAAGAGCACUGACAGAGUGUCAGGGAGCUGUGGGGUUGGGCUCUAAACCUGUACGCUUGAGUGUGGCUAUACCAAAAGCUAAUCGUGUGAAACCAAUGGAAUACAAUCAGAUGUACAACUAUAAUUACAGCCAGUAUUACCAACAGUAUCACAGCUACUACGCUCAGUGGGGGUACGACCAGAACACGGGCAGUUACAGCUACAGCUAUCCCCAGUAUGGCUACACGCAGAGCACCAUGCAGACAUAUGAAGAAGUUGGUGAGGAUGCAUUGGAAGAUCCUACGCCUCAGUUAGAUGUCCAUGAAGCAAACAAGCAGUUUAUGGAACAGAGCGAAGAGCUCUACGAUGCUUUGAUGGACUGUCAUUGGCAGCCUUUGGACACUGUCUCAUCAGAGAUCCCAGCCGUGUUAUAGCCUCGUUGCUGAGGCAUUGUGUCUGAGACAUCCUGCCAGUGCACUCUGGACUGUUACACUGCCCCUGGAUCCUGCAAUAGUGAGGGGUGGCCCUUUCCCCACCCAGGUCUGGUACUCGGAGUACAGGAGGACUGUGGCCUUUCCUGUAGAGAAUAAGUAUUGUAGGAACAUCAUGGUAACCUUUAUUCAUGGUGAAAAUUAGAACUGCAACAGUUUUAUUCCCUUUGUCUUGAAAUGAACUCUUAAUACUUACUGGAAAUUGUAAUUUAUAAACUUUCAACAAGAUGGCACAGGGGAGAGACUCUACUCCAUCAAACAAUAAAAGAGUUGGUCUUUUAAGUAAAAUUACCCUUUGCAUUUUGGUUCCUGCCCAUCUUUCUGUUUUGCUGCCCAUUCAACUGUCUUAAGUCAUUUAACCCAACGCUCAUGAAUGUGUUAUUUCAAAAAAGAUCAUUGUUGGACACCACUGAAAUGUCUCAAAAUCUUUCCAGUGACUGAGUAGAGUUGCUGUAACUUAAGCAUGGGAUGAAAUCUUAUGUUGUGGUUAACUUUAGCUGUGAUCUUGAGCUUGCAAGUUUGAUGUUCUUAAGCAGUCAACCCAAAGAGCACUUUGGAGAGCAAAGACAGAAAGGAGUGUUACAAAGCUACAGAUUGAUGCCUUUUACCUGGUGAUCUCUUGCACACCUGGCCUGCUUCUCCACCGUGUAUGAGGAAAUAAUUCCCCAUCAACCAGCAGCUUAAAACAUUUUUUCCAGCAGCCAUAUUUAAAUGCUAUUUUGUGUAUCAUGCCUUUAUUUCUUUUUUAUUGUGGACACACCUUGAUGAUCUCAUUGAGAUGUUGAGAUUUUGUAGUGUCUUCCACUGUCCAGUCAGAGUGAAACUGAAGCUCUUGCAGCAAAAACGGGUCAGAGAAAUUGCACUGCUGUGUUGUGCAACAAAUGGUUGUUAACUUGGAAAGUGGUUUUCUACUGGAUGUUGUCUAAGCUGGAUGGACAAGCAAUAUAUUUAAGCUGAUAUGUUGCAUUAGAGGUGAAAGCGAAAAUAAUAGCACUUACAUACAUGUUAUAAGCCCUUAUUCAGGCUUUUGUGCCUUAAACUUUUGGGGAAAUAGGAACAGAGAAACUACCUGUAAUAAAUGUCUAUCCAAGGAAUAGUUUGGUAACUGAAAUUGCUACUGCAGAGCAUUUCGUUGCCUCCCUGCCCAUGUUGAUGCAGAGAUUUGCCACAAAAUUUAAAGACUUCGAUAAAGCUACUUCUGUUACA